CCUAGUAAAAUACCAGACUCGGAGCUUCCCAUCUCGCACUAUAUAAAGAGGGUGAUGCAACCUUUCAGCGAGAUCUGUAAGUUUUCUCUCAAGCUAAAGAGGCUCUUAAGCUGGAAGAGAAGAAAACUAUUAUAUUGGACAACGUUUUCAUGACUUAUAGAGACAAAAAGAAAGUACUAUGAUGCUUCAACACCCUGGUCUGGGUCCCUCGGAGAUCAGUGCUUCUGCAGUGGUGCCUUGUUUGUCCCCUCCAGUGUCAUUUGGCUUUGAAGAAUUUGCAAACUUUAGCCCUUUGGUAAAGGAAGAGCUGAGGUUCACAAUCCUUAAUAAGUGUCUAGCAAACGGAAUAAACUCGACAGUGGAGUGCAUGACCAUGAACACUGAGAGACCCACAGAACAUCCACGUGUAAAGAAAGAGAUUCCCCCUGAAGAAAACGAAAGGAAAAAACGACGAAGGGAAAGAAACAAAAUAGCUGCCACCAAAUGCAGAAACAAAAAAAAGGAGAGGACCGACAGCUUACAGAAAGAAUCAGAAAAACUGGAGUCCAUCAACGCUGACCUCAAAGCCCAAAUUGAGGCGCUGAAGUCAGAGAAGCAACAGCUGGUCUACAUGCUAAACCUGCACCGACCGACCUGCAUUGUCCGAGCUCAGAACGGAAGGACCCCAGAGGAUGAGAGGAACCUCUUCAUUCAACAGAUCACUGAGGGAACGCUGCAGGGCUAGACAACCCAUGUUCAAAAAGACUAAAAGGCAACUUAUUGUCUGUCUUCAUAUGUGGAUACCACUGUCUAAUGUCCAGAUGAUCUAUCACCAUCUGCUGCAUUUGUCCUACAUGCUGGCAAAGACAUUAGGAAGAAGAAUCUGCACACAAAAAGGAUCACUUUGACCCAGCAGGGACUGCUGUAAACUGUAAAUAUGGGUUGAUGUACUGAACAGCCAGUGGCCUAAGUUAACUGAAGGUUGUAUUUUACUAUCUGGGGGAAAUAUAACAAACACUCUACUCUAACUGUUUGUAUUAAUUACUCAAUAUUAGAGAUAUGUAUCUUCAUGCCUGCCCUGCACCACUACCAAUUGGUGCGACUACUAAGGGAUAGAUACCCUAAAGUGUAUGGAUAGGUAAUGUCUGUCUUUUCUGGCAAGGAGGCACUUUUAACUGUCCGAUAGCAAGUUGUGUGUUAAAUCAUUUGGCUGUAGUCAAGCUGUUUUUUGUGGUUGGAAACAUAGGUUUGCCUUGAUUUAAAAUGUAAAUCCUGUUUUUGUUUACAUAAAGUCCCGUGAUCAAAUCUAUUGCUUUCAAGUUUGCAAAGAGAUGUUACGAAUGCAUGAUCAUACAUAACGACAUGCUAACACAGAGUAUCCUUACAACCUUUUUUAUGCAUUUACACUGCAUGGUAGAUUAUUUUGUGACAUUUAUGGUAAUGCCAACAUUCAUUUUAGAUAGGCAUGCAAUAAAUGAGAAACAAACUAUAAAAAUCUUUUAAAAAGAAGCUUGCAAUCAAUUUGAGUGCUCAAAAAGGCAAAUCCUAUGUGUUCUAAAUUCAAAAAACAAAACCUUGGAGUGAAAUGUUAAAUUGUGAUUCAAGAGAAGUUAAUAAUAUAUACAAUAAGGGUCACUUAAGAUAGUAUACAGUAGCAGUUAUAAGAAAGAAUUAUUAAUGACGCAGGCGUCCUGCUUUUUUUCAGCUUUUUUUUAUUAUUGCAUAGUAUAGUUAAUCUACCUAUCAGCAUGCUAGUCGUGACUAAGGUACUACUGAAUAUUUUAACAGAAAGGGAAGCUAAACUGUUUGUGUGUCCAUUUAUUUGUAUGAUUAAAUUGUGUUAAACCAUUGGUGGUAUUACUCUGGGUUCAAACUGUCAAAACUUUAAGUGAUAGGUUUAAGCACUUCAUGGAUAUAGUUAAAUUCAUGUCUACUGUAUUCAGGUAAGAUACUCUACAGAAAUGCAUUAAGGAGACAUUUCUAUACUGUGUAUGUGAAUUGUUUUUGCUACUUUAAUAAAAAAAAAAAAAAAGAAAUUGU